AAUUAACCAAUCAGUUUCUGCUAUCGCCUAACUAGCCAAUGAAAUGCCUCUGUAGUGAUCAGCCAAUCACAGGAAGCCAGUCUGCCCCUGCAGGCACCCGCUUGCCAUCGGAGACGGACUGGCAUGGAAGAGGAUGCGGAGACUCGGGGCAGAGCGGGACCUGGCGGCAGGCUGGAUAUGAGCCAUGGCUUUGUACACCAUAUCCGGAGAAACCAGAUAGCCAGGUAACCCGGGACACCGGGCCCAUCACUAUAAACAGAAUGGCCGAGUUUCACAUCUCAGGCCAGAAUAAUCGAGCGGAAAACAGGAUUGACGUGGUCUCUUUUACUAUGCGACUACUUUGGCCUAAAUUCUCACUUUAGUGAAUAUCCCUGGUAAAAAGAAAGCACUGCCCUGCCUCAUAGCUUUUCAUAGAUCCAUCAUAAUGGUGUCAUAGUGUGUGUGUGUAUAUAUAAUGUGUACACACACACACACACACACACACAGAGGAACCUCAGAGCUCGAACGGUCCCGUUGUCGAACAAAAAUUUCCAGUAAAAAAAUGUCUUGAUAUGCGAACGAUCUUCGGUACCCGAACAUACAACAAAGAGCCAUGUCUCAUUUUCAAGUCAGACAAUUAUUAAAAAUAAUUGUAAUAAUGGCCAACAGUACAUUGUUUUUCUAUUUGAAAGGCAGGAACCACUCAAAUAAAUGAAGGGUGCUAAUUAUUAGAGUGAUCUCUGCAUUUUUAAUUUGUACAUAUAAAUGUAAAAUGCUGUAAUUUUGAGGGUCUGGAACGGAUUAAUCAAUUUUACAUUAAUUUUUUUAUGGGAAAUGUUGAUUCGGUUCUCAAACACUUCUGGACUCGAACAGCCUGUGGGAACGGAUUAAGUUUAAGUUCCAAGGUUCCACUGUGUGUGUGUGCGUGUAUAUAUAAUUUCCAGGCAAAUUUAUUUAUAUAUACACACACACACGUACUACCAUUUAUACACAGGAUUUACAGUAGUAGGAUAAACCCUGAUCAAUGCUUGGAAAGGCCUGAAUGGGAAGCAAACACCAGGAACACCUCAUGGAUUUCUAUGGAUACUUUAGCGCUAGAAUGUUCCAUGUGUUUUUUAUUUAUAUAAUCUCCUGAUCACAUUGUAUUACCGUAGCUAGUUUUGUGUUAUCUGCUGACACAUGACUUUCUGUGCGUAUUUCAUGAUCAGAUCAUUUUAUAAAUAGAUUGAAUAGAAGCAACCUCAGAACAGACACCACUCUUGUCCAUCUUGGAAAUUUACCAUUAAUGAUAACUCUCAGUACUAUAUCUAUCCAAGAACAAGAAUUUUCAUCGACACCAAUUAACUUUACUUUGAACACUAACCUUUUUGUGUGGACGUGUAUCGAACAUUUGUGAUAAAAUCCAAGAAGAUCACAUCCACUGCAAUCUGAUCUAUACUUCUAAACAAAUACAUACAAUAGGUGGAACACUUCUGUUGUUUACUAUAUAUAUCACACUAGGAGCUCGCUGUCCGGUAUCCCGCUCUCUGCUCACACACUGGAUCCGCUGAUACUCAGUCAAUGACGUCGCAGCCAGGCUGGAGCCGCACUGUCAGUGACUGAGUAUCAGCGGAUCCAGUGUGUGAGCGCAGAGCGGGAUACCAGACACCGAGCUCCUAGUGUGAUAUAUAUAGUAAGCAACAGAAGUGUUCCACCUAUUGUAUGUAUUUGUUUUGUUUUAUUUAGAGUGGUAUAAGGGGCUCCCACUCAGGUAGUUUAUAGCAGUUACUGCACACACUCUCUAUUUCAGAUUGUGUACUGUAUUAUUUACUCUGAUCUAUACUUCUACUUACUUCUUCGUAUAAUCCAAAAAUAUGAUUGAAUAUGUUUUCAUAAAACCAUUCUGAUUUUUACUAAUAACAUUGUUCUUCACCAUGAAUUCUUGAAAAAUUAUACCCAAUAACCCUUCAAAUACUUUCCCAGUCACAGAAAUUAAGCUCACAUGUCUAUAAUUUCCAGGCAAACGAUUUUAAACCAUUUUUUAAUAUAGGAACCACAUCUGGUUUUCUCCAAUCGUCCGGUAUAACGCAUGAAAAAAAAUCCUAAAAGCUUGAAACCAGAGGUUCACUAUUUCCACACUUGGCUCCCUACCUUGAAAUGUGAUUUUUGCUUCAGUGGUUUUUUUUUUGUUGUUGUUGUUUUUUUUUCUCCAUAUUCUAGAAGCUUGUUUUAUGAAAACUCUUGCAAAUUUUUUAAUUUUUUUUUGUACAAUUGCUUCCUAAUCUAAUAAUAUAUCCACCUACAUAUUUUCUUGCCGUUUUAGAGAUGAUUAUGACAAGGAAGUGAAACAAGCCCAGCAGAAGCAAAAGAAAAGAUAUGUUCCAGGACCUUCUCGACCUAAGAAGCCUGACUUACAGGUCUACCAUCCUCGCCCUCGAGGUGAGAGAUAUGAUGCAUUAGUUCUGUAUUAUCAAGAACCACAUAGCAAUCCAAUCUUGUAGAGCAAAAAAGCUGCAGGAAACAAAAGUAUUUGUUUUGGAUUGCGAUAUAGAAUUGAUGUGAUGCUUUCCAUUGGGGGUGCCCGCAUCACAUGGCCAAGUUUUACUCUGUCAUUACAGCGGAAACCCCUCCAGUAGCUGUCAGUGUAACAGUCCCUGGGGGUGUGUUUAACCCUUUUACAACAUGGCAAUGUUCUGCCUUGAAUGGUUGACAGGACCACGUUGGAGUUUCUUUAAAUUACAAGUUUAUUCUUUUAGUUUCAAUAUAGAGCUUUCAAAACGGCUUGCAGUCAAGUACACUUUCUUCUUUCAGGAGAAUCCCAACAGGUUUGUGGUCUAGAAGAUAAUGGAUCUAGUGACGGUGAUAAUGGUACAGAUGAUGAGCAUGCCCGAGCGGAACUCUUCUGCUUGGAGUUUGAGGCAGAUGGAGGAAAGAUCACAUCCAUUAUUAUAUAUGAGGUGAGUGUUGUACAUAAUUGUUCUUAUUUUGUAAAUCAGAAUUUGUGAAUUACAAAUGGCCCUCCAAGGAUCAUGUGUAACAAAUACAAUGUUAAGAAAGCAGGAAUAACACAGAACCUUCAAAGCAAAGCACCCUUUGGACAAAUGACUUCUGAACAGUAGAUAAGUGCAGGAAGAAACUGAUGAAUCUAACUGAUGCUGUAUUUUUUUUUUUUUUUUUAUGUAAUUUUAGUUCACAUACAUAUUCAAAGCAUUGCAUUGUUAUACAGCAGUAAUUUGCAGUAACAAUAUAUAUAUAUUUUUUUGUACAUGGGUUUUUUUUUUUUCCAAUUUACUUUUUUAUUGAGCAUUUUCAAUUUAGGGUACAGAAAGAAAAAUUAGGGAGGGGAGUAUUCCCUCUGGUGUAGAGGUUCAUAGUUUGGGUUUUGUUCGUCUCCCCUAGGGAAGGGUGUAGAAGGGGGGAAGGGAUUGCAACAACAUUGGGUAAGACAUAACUGUUAGUACAAUUAGAACAGUGACAUUUAGGCAGCGCAGUGCCCUCAUAUAGGUUUUUAUUUCCAAUAGUCUUGUUCUGAGCUUGACAUUUUAUCUUUUUCUGUCUGAACUAUAAACAUAAAUAUUUCAACGUUACUUGUUGUCCCUCUCUCUAUCAUUGUUGUGUCCUACUAGGAGUGUGGUUAUUUUAUUUUUUUUGUCCUCCUGCCUCAGUGGCUCCUCAGUGUGUGGCCCCCUCUCUACUUGUGCCACUUCCACCUCUAUUUCUCCUGCCUGCUCCCGUGCUCUCCGUUCCUAGACUCUCGUCUCCUUUUCCCCUUCCCUUGUUUUGUAUUCCUCCCAUCUGUCCCUGGCUUUUGUCAUGUGUGUCGAUGCACCGUAGUGAGCCUUGUUUCAUACAUCAGGUUUGUGCUGAUUUGGUUCAGCAAAUCAGGUUUUGUGGUUCUAGUGGUCUUUUUUCCAUGCUCUUGCUAUCAGAGUGUUUGCUGCUAUCAAUAUAUGGAAAAGUAGUAUCGCCUGAGGUUUGUUGUAUGUCUCUAGUGUCAUGAAGAGCAGUCCGCAUUCCGGUUGUAGGUUUUGUUCCAAAUCUAGGGUAUCCCUGGCUAUUCCCUCCACCGUCUUCCAAUAUGCCGUUAUCUGGCUACAUGUCCACCAUAUAUGGUACAUGGUGCCUUCCUCCAACCCGCACCUCCAGCACUGUUUUGUUAUGUGUGGAUAUAUGCUUGCUAGUCUGGUCGGCACCAUGUACCACCUGUACUGGAGUUUCCUCAUUAGCUUAAGGUGGGAAGGGCACCUGGAUCUCCCUUUAUGAGCAGAGAACGCUCUCUGCCAUUGGGUGUCGGUGAAGGUUUUGUGUAUGUCUUUUUGCCAGUGCUCUUUGAAGUUGUCUGCUAUUGGUGUUAAGGUAUUGUCGUUUAGGGUGGCGUAGAGGGUGGACAGUAGUUUCUUUGGUGUGUUCCCUGUUUCGCAUAGUUUGUAUAUUUGUUCCAGGGGUUCAGGGCUGUCCAUGCCUGUCUUGUCUUCUAUUAAUGACUUUAUUUGGAGAUAGGAGAAUAUUGUGUUGCUAGGUAAUGUAUAUUGUUGCUGUAGGUCAGGAUAUUGCGCUAGUUUACCGUUUCGAUAUAGAUGUUUGAUUAGUGUGCAUCCUUUCUGUACCCAUGGGCGAUAGUUUAGUGUAGGGUUGACAACAUGCAAACUUUGCAAUGGGGUUGAUAGAGCCCAUUGAUUGUUCAAGCCUAGGAGGCUCGUAGUUGAGUCCCAUAUAUCUAGAAGUAGUUGUGUGGUCUUGAGCAGGGUUGUGGGCUUGGGUCACAGUUUGUGUGGCACCCAGAGCAGAUAUUUUAUCCCUCCCGGGUACACCCCCACUGCCUCCAUCUCUGCCCAUUGGGGUCUAUCCCCUGUCGUGUGUGCCACAAUAGUUGUGGACAUAAGGGCGGCUCUGUAGUAGAGAUGUACGUCUGGCAGUCCCAGUCCCCCUUUUGUUAACAGGUUGUUUCAGAAUUUCUGCUGCCACCUGGAUUUUCUUGUGUGCCUAUACGAAUUGUGUGAUCAUUUGUUGUAGUUUGUUUAGGUAUGUGUUUGGUAGGAAAAUUUGUAAUGUUCUUGUUAAGUAUUGGAAUUUUGGUAGUAGCAUCAUUUUAAAUGCUGUCAGCCUCCCUAUCCAGGACAGGCAUUUGUUUUCUCAUCCCUUCAGUCUGCCAUAAUUUAGCUCUAGUAGUUGGCCAGGAUUUUUUGAUAGUCUCAAUCCCAGGAACGUGAGGUAGUCCUCCCUCCAAUCAAAUUGGAAGCUGUCUUUUAAUUGGCUUAGUGUGGCUUGAGUCAUCCCUAUCCCCAUGGCCUGUGUUUUCAUGACAUUUAAUUUGUAAUAAGAUUGUUCCCCAUAUGCUAUUAUUUCAUCUAGGAGGUUCAGCAGUGAUAUAUGUGGUUGUGUGAUCAUCAGCAUCACGUUGUCUGCAAACAGUCCCGCUUUGUAUUCUUGUUUCCCUAUCCUUACCCCGUGUAUGUUGGCGUUGUCUCUAAUGCGUGUGGCUAGAGGUUCUAGGCUAGUAUAAACAGCAAUGGUGGCAGGGGGCAGCCUUGCCUUGUUCCAUUGGAUAGCCUGAAAGGCUCCGACAGGAGCCCAGAGUUUAGCACUUGUGCCGCCGUUGUACUAUAUAGUGCCUCCACUACUGCUCCGAACUCCUUGAGUAUUCCGAAUCUUGACAUGACCUUGCUAAGGAAGCCCCAGUGCAGUCUAUCAAAAGCCUUCUCGGCGUCCAGGAAGACAAAUAGUCCACCUAGCUUUUCUGUCUGGAGUUUGUGUAAUAAAUUUUAUGAUUUUUCUGGUGUUGUCUGCACCUUGUCUUCCUCUCACAAAGCCCACCUGGUCAUUGUGUAUUAUGUGUGGUAUGAUGUGUCCUAAUCUGAUUGCGUAGAGUUUUGCGAAUAAUUUUGCAUCUGUGUUUAAGAGUGAUAUAGGUCGGAAGUUUUGUGGCGUCGUGGGAGGUUUAUUGGGUUUUGGCAGUGUAACAAUGUGGGCUAAUAGCAUCUCCUUAGGUAGAGAUCUUGUGGCAGUCGCAUGGUUAAAUGCUGUUGCCAGGUGUGGUUUGUUAAGCCAUCUGGGCCUGGUGACUUGCCCGUUGGUAGGGUUUGAAUGACUUUUACAAUUUCUUGUGAUUCUAUCGGUUUGGUGAGGUCAUUUUGUUUUUGCGGUGAGAGUUGUGGCAGUUUUAUUUUGUCUAGGUAGGCUGUGAUGCCUGCCGCUGUAGGUUGUGUUGUGUUCCUGUCCUCUUGUAGAUUACAGAGGGCGUGGUAAUAUUUAGCGAAUUCUUCGCUUAUUCCUCUAGGUGUAAUGUGUUUUUGGCCCUUGCUAUCUAGUAUGUAAGCAAUUUUUUGGUUUGCUUGUUUCUUUUUGAGAUGAGUGGCCAGAAGUUUGCUUGCUUUGUUUCUCUGCAUGUAGUGGGUUAUUUUUUGUUUUGUCAUGUUUACUUGUGUUUGCUCUAGGGCCUUUUGGUGUAUUAAUCUGGUUAUAGUUGCGAUGCAUUGUUUGGUUUCUAGCGGUUUUAUUUGAUUUUGUGUGUUUAGGUCAUACAACUCUUGCUGCCAUGUUUUUGAGCUUAGUGUUUGUGAGUUUUUUUGAGGUAUGCUGCCCUUCUAAUUAGUAGUCCCCUGGCUAUUGUCUUGUGAGCCUGCCAGACCGUUGUUGGUAUUACCUCUCCCGUGUUAUUUAGUGUAAAGUAGGAUUUCAGGUCUGCUGUUAGUUCCUCCGUGUAUUCCCUGUCGUGGAGUAAUGUGUCAUUGAGUUUCCAUGGGCUAAGGUGCUUAUAGUCGUACAUGUUUUUCAUGUCAAGGAGCACUGGCGCGUGGUCGCACCACGUAAUCUGUUGUAUGUCGCAAGUGUGCAGUUGAUUUAAGUGUGGACCUGAUAGGAGAAAUCCAUCUAUACGGGAGUAUGAGUUGUGUACAUUGGAAAAGUGGGUGAAUGCUUUAUCUCCUGGUGUGUUAUGCGCCAUGCAUCGUAGAAGUGGUAUUCGUUUAUGAGCUUCUGGAUGGCCUUACAUUGUCUCCUCAGUGGUCGGUGUCUACGAUUCUGUUGUAAUACCGUGGUGUCUAGUUUGGGGUCUAAUAUGUGGUUGAAAUCCCCGCAUAUCAUUGUAAUUCCUUGUUGUAUAUUGCUUACUUUUUUAAGGAUGCUAUGGAGGAAGUUUCGUUGGUUUACAUUGGGCGCAUAGAUGUUUACUAUUGUAGGGCAUAUCAUUGAUUACUCCCUUUAGUAUGACAUAUCUGCCAUUUGCGCCAGUUUCAUGAUAUUGUGGUUGAAAAUUCAAGUGUUUGCUUAAGAGGAUGGAGGUUCCUCUGGAUUUAGCGGGUGAGGUUGCGUGAUACUGGUGCGGGAAGUGGAGAGAUUGCAUAGUGGGGUGAUCGUUGUGCCUAAAGUGUGUCUCCUGUAGGCACACUAUAUCAGCGUGUAGUGAUGUGAGGUCCCUGUUUAACAAAUGUCUCUUUGCAGGGAUAUUAAGUCCCCGUACAUUGUAAGUACAUAUUCUUACAGUGGUUUCGUAACGCACUGUUGCUUUUGAUGUAUCAUGCUAGCCAUUUCUACGGGGUCCAACACUCUCCCCGGCGUUAACAAGCCGAGUGAUGGUUCCCCUGUUUUGCUAAAGGAUCUGGGCGCCGCCAGAGCCGGCAGGAAGUUUGUGCAAGUAGUGGUCUCUUGGAAUUUGUGAGUUCUGUGUGAGAGAGGUGUACGUGUGGUAACGCUUAUGUGUCCCCUAGUGUUUUCCAUUUUUACAGGGGUACAAUAAACAGAACAGGAAAAAACAGGAAUGAACAUAACAAAAGUAUAUACAGUCAGUAGUACUGCCUUAGGUAUGGCUAGGCACUGCGUCUCCAUGCCCUGGGGGUUGAAGCUAUGCUUCUCGACUUGGUGGGUCCCCGCCCUUAUUGCUUCACUUAAGUUUUUCUAGUGUUGUGUCACCCUACAUAGGCUUUUUAGUCAGUGUCGCGGUUUAUGUAUUGAAGUAGUAAAGUACUUUGUUUUAUCUGAUGGUUGGAUGAGCUCUUUGCAUUUUCUGCUUGGAGAGCCUGGGUCUAUCGUCUGCCUUAGGGGUUAUGUGCUAGUGAUGUGGGUCAUCGCCUUCUCUCUGGGAAUAUCUGGCUCUGGUUGUCUAUCUAUGCUUUGGGCCCUAGCUGCUACUCCCUCUUGGCCCUAUUCUCCUUGAUUCCCCGUGGAUUGACCCGGCAAAUUUAAGAAAAAGUUCUGGUUUUUCCUUUCCGGUUGACCAGGAGUUUUGUCGGGUAUCCCCAGCGGUAUGGAAUAUGGUGUUCUCUCAGUCUCUGUGUUAUGUCUUUGAAUUCUCUCCAGCGUUUCAACGUGUAGGCGGAAAUGUCGGCGUAUAUCGCUAUUUUAUUUUUUUUUUGUAGAUCUCCGGUAGUCCUUUGCUCGUUCUAUUGGCAUUGAGUGCGGCUUCUUUAGCGUGGUAAUAGUGCAUGCGAAAUAGUACAUCUCUUGGUGUUUCAGGGGGUAAGAAGCUAGGCUUCGCUGUGCGAUGAAUUCUGUCUAUUAGGAGCAUGUCCUGAGGCCAGUCCGGCAGCAGGUGUUUUAGGAGGCCUGUGACAUGUGCCAUGAGGUCUGUUGCUCCCACAGUCUCUGCUAUGCCUCGUAUUCGCAGGUUAUUUCUACAUGCACGGUCUUCCAUGUCUGCUAGUUUUAUGUCUUGUGCAUCUAACCUGGCCGCCAGACCAUCCACCGUGUCCGCCAAGGUGUUGUGGGCCACUUCAUAUUCUACCAUCUUGUUCUCCACUUGUGAGGUUCUUGUGCCCAGCUCCUGCAAAUCUUUCCUAAGGUCUUUCAUUGCUGUGUCCAGCUUUUGUAAUAUUUUCGUGGACAUUUCAUCCAGCAGUGAUUUUUAGUGAGCUGUGCGUCAGCAAGGGUUCCGGCUCUGCAGACUGCUCAGUGGGUUCCGUGCCGUCGUCGGCGCCAUCUUGGGCCUGGUCAUGCUGUUGUUGAAUUUUGCUUUGGCCGGUUCUGAAGGCGAAGAAAUUUGUUGGUUUUUUUUUUACCUCUCCGCGGUCCGUUUUCCUUUGGGCUGCGACAUGUCUAAGUUGUUGUUGUUGUUGCCCUAUGUGUGUGGGCUUAAUAGCUCCUUUUGAAGUGUUUGCGGAGCCGCGUUUACAUGCGACUGCUCCGGUCCUCCCUGUACAUUGUUUUUUAACAUACUUUUGUUCUAUUUGUACAUUGUUGUGGCAAUAAAGUCUUUGAAAUGUGAACCUUGGUUUUUUAACUUUAUAAGGCAAAGAGUCAGAUGGGGGGGGUACAGAUAAUGAUAAACAUAAGGAUGGAGUGGGGGAGGGGAAUAGAGAUGGGGAUCAGGUUACGCACUUUUCAAUAUAGAGAUAGAUGGGUGUUUCGAGGAGUUGAUAGAUUGUCUGUUGUUUGUCGUUUUUCUCUGAACAUGUCAGGAAUAGUCCUGUUUUAAGUAGUUAGAGGUUGUGUCAUUGUCACUCAUUUUCAUGGUAACGGUUGCGAUUGCUAUUCAAGCUCAUGGUUACUGUCUUUGGUCCAUUUUUUUUCCUUUUUAACACAUACAGACUCUCAUUUGCAUGGGUUUAUGGGCACGGCUGUCGAGGCUUCUGAGAUUUUUUUUUUUAUAAUGGUUUGUUUGUCUCCAUGGCUUUUUCCUAUGUGUCCCACGCUAUUUUACAAAUCCUUUUUUUUUUAUUUUUAUUUUUUUAUUUUUUUUGGUUUACUGCUAGUCUAGCUGCUCUUUCCGAGACUUUGUUUUAUUCCACCAGAUGUAUGCAUUCCUUUAGAUCGGGGAUGUUGUCUGUUCCCCAUUUCCUGCCAAUUACUGUCAAUGCCGCUAUGAUAGUUUGGAAUAUUAAGUAGUGUAUUGCCUUUGGCAGUCCUCCCUGGGUAGUUAUGCAGCAAGUAGGUAUCUGGAUUGUGUGGGAGGUGUGUACCAGUUGUGUUUUUCACCGGUUGUGCUACUUGUAGCCAGUAUUGUGCCACCGGCGGGCAUUCUCACUAUAUGUGGAGCAUAUCACCUGAGCCGUUGGGGCAUCUCCAGCAUUUGUUGGGCACUUUGGGGUUUAUAUGGUGGAGUCUCUUUGGUACUAAGUACCAUCUAUAGAGUAGUUUUCUCGCUAGUUCUAUGUGAUUGGAGCAGAGGGUUAAUUUUCUAGGGGUCCCAAAUAUUGUUUUCCAUGUUUCUUCAGUUAGUGUUUUGCCUAGCUCUUUCUCCCACGCCCGGACAUAGGUCAGGUGUUUGGUUGGCUGGCUUAUGUUUAGGCUUGCAUAUACUAGGGAUAUAGGGUUUUUUGUUUUUGUUUUUUUUUUCAGGGAUUAGUAUCAUUAUUAUCCUUUCAAAGCUCGUCGGCCACUGACUGCUGUAUUUAACACCAAUAAACUGCAAAUUCUGUCACUAUUGCAAAACAUACACAUACGUAAAGUGUGUUUUUAGCCACUUUUGUGUGGAGAAGUGUUCAGUGUGAAGACUCCAAACAACUAUUCUAACAGCCACUAGAGGUCUCCUUAAUAUAAAGUGUAAAGUUUGAAUACUACUGUUUCUCAGAUAAUUGUUUUCAAUUCUUAAACUGCAAAGACACGCUGUUUGCACCAGAACCAAUACGUUAAAUUGUUGUGGUUGUGAUGCUUAAUGUCUCUUCAAGGCAAUACUUUUGAUUCUGCCAAACAUUUAACUACCAUUUUAGAAGGUCAUCACUACCUAGUUUCUUUGAUAUUUCACAACAAUGGUUGGGCUACAGUAUAAGCUUUAAUGGAUUUCUUUUUCAUCUACUCCAUAGGAUGAUGAUGCAGAGCAAGUGGCAACCAAAAUCUCUAAUCAGAAUCAUUUGGAGAACAGAAUGAAGGAGGCCCUUAGACAACGGAUCCAAGAGGAGAUUUCCAAGAGAAGAGUGCAACGCUGAAGGCAUGUGCCCCCAUUUGAUGGCAUAUACAAUAUGUACCCGUGGCACACGGUGCUGGCCAGUAUUGGUCCCAGUCCCAGAAGACAAACUAGGAAACGGGAAAAAGAAUUGUUUUGUGGCCAGGAGGCUGUAGAGGAUAGGACACUGGUUUUGAUUUCUCACCAAAGUUACUACCAAACUGAGAGCUCUUGUAGACUGUUGCAUAUUCAGUAUCUACACACUUCAGAAAUUGUGUGUCUUGGACUGCCAGAGUCUCUAUAAAUCUACAGUGAUUGUGAGCAGACAGUAUUUUGGUUUGAAAUCAGUGGAAUUGUGUUUUGUGUGCAAAUAUGUUAGAGAGUGUAAACAAAAUAGGCAUUUUAUAAGUUUCUUACUAAUUUGUAAAAGAGAACUCUAUAAUGCAUAACAUGUUAGUGCCUUUUUUUUUUUUUCUUUUAAGAUGCACAUAAUUGUAUCUAUUAAUUGUGUUAUCUGAACAGCUAACUAAUCUAUAGUUUUGGAAAUGUAGUAGGGAGUAAAGUAAACCCAAUGUAUGUGCCUGGCUCUGCAAUAUAGAAAUUAUUGUGACACACUCUAUAUUAUCUCUGCAUGCUUUGGGUUAAGGACAAAUAGUUUAUUGUGUGUUUGCAAAGCUAUACUAGCCCCUUGUCUACCACAUUCUGUAGAUACAAUCACAUGCAGAAUAAAACUGUUCUGUGUUAUGCAGGGCUGGGUAGUUCUAUUCUCAAUGUUAGAGGACUCAUUAACAGUUUUAUUAAACACAAACCUGAGACUAGAAAAUAUGUACCAGUUCAUAUUACAUACAUAUUAAACUUUGCCAAGAAAUGUAAUCACUUUUUAAUAUAUGAAGAACACUCACAAUUUUUUUAAAUUUUUUUUUUUAACUUAUUUAAAAUAAUGAACCAUUACAGGCCACCAAAGCAUUUUUGCAAUGACUCUGGAAUUUCUGUAAACAUAUAUGUGUGUGUGUGUGUGUGUGUGUAUUUUAUUAUUUUUUUAUUGCAGCUUCCUGUGGCCAAAUAGCAAGCUUUGGUGACAAUAGAUUUCAUGUUGGCUUAAAGGGGCACUUUACAAAAAUUAACCCAUACAACUUGCUGUGUGGCUUAUGUUUAGUGUCCUUGGGAAACACCUGGUUAACCACACAGUAGUGCUUAUAGUGCCAUUAGUGUCAUGGCACUCCCCUAUUAUAAGUAGUUAAACUGUUUGCUAAUGGUUUGACUUAUUACCUGGGUUCUUUGCUUUCUGCAUUUUGCGAGACACUGCGAGAACACUCUUGGUAACACGAUCACUAUGAGGUUUAUUUGCAAAAUAAAAAUGGG